AUGCAACGGGCUUUUCAAGCUUGCGUCCAGUGUGAAUCAUUCUGCGACUAUCUCGGUGCUAUCAACGAUCUAACGCUAUGGUUUCAGCUGCUUACUAUUGUAUUCGCUACAUGGUGCUUUGGUGACGACUCAUACCAUGUGUUACGGCUUAUGGGUAGCAUAUCGUCCAUCUUUUUUGCUCUGGGUUUCCACAAAGGAACUCAGCAUGAUCCUUCAGUACCAUUUUAUAUGACUGAGAUUCGGAAAAGAGCAAUUGCUUGGGCCCAUGACCAUGACAAAGUGUGCGCCAGUUUCAUAUCUCGUCCUGUUCAUCUUAGUCGCCACUUCUGCGUAAUCGAAAUGCCGCUUGAUCUGCCAGACUCUGCAAUUACAGGAACACCUGAAAUGCUCCUAAAAGCCCGCGAGAACUUAGACGCAGAUGGCUGGAGCAAAGAUAAAACCAUACGUCCAGUCUCUGGUCAGCGAGUGCGACUAAUGCUGUGUAUAAUUCGUGAAGAGACUUUAGAGCUGAAACUUGGGCCUCCAGCACCAGACCUCGAGGCAAAAGCAGGACGCAUCCUACGAAAAUUAAAGUCGACUUGGCAGUCAAUUCCGUCACAUAUGAAAUACGAUACUGCCCAACAGAGGGCAGGACAAACAAAAACUGCCAUGAUCCUACAAAGUCUGUGGCUGGAAUAUCUUUACACCGAGUUUCUUCUAUAUACUCUGCUUGCGAGCUCUAGUGAGAUCAGCCGCGAGAGGCUACUCCUAACUGCGCACGAGAUUGUCAAUAUUGUUCUCUUACCGACACGGAAAAGAUACCAACUGCACAGUUAUAGGACAGAAAUGGAAUGGGCUCUAGUGUUCUAUGCCAUGCCUUGUGCCAGUGUUCUGAUAUUAGAGCUUCUGCGCCAAAAUCAGCAACCUGCAGAACAAUUGGUUAUCAAUCGAAGCGGCAUAAUUCAAGAUAUCAGCGUCUUGAUAUCAUGCUGCGACUCUUGGACAGAGUCUGGGCACAGCAACUAUCAAAUCUGCAAACAAGCCCAAUCGAUCUUUUCCAAAAGUCUUGAUUCGAUCCUAAACCAGACCGAGCCUACCCAGAGGGAUAAGUCUGAAGAGCCAAUGGCACGUCAAAAUGAGCAUCAUCAGGAGCUUAUGGGUUUUGUGAGCCCCGAAGCCUCUAAUGUAGUUGCCCAAGAUCCCGAGUGGACGGCGUGGCUCGACUCGCUGGGCUUACAGGGAGACCUGUGGCUAGAGUCAAGUAUUCCGACUCUGGAGUUUCCAUGA